UCUGAGUCGACUCGCUCAAUCUUACAGUGGGCAGAAAAUCGCCCAGAUAAUCGGCGGCGCAACGUAACGUAAGCGUAGCUUCAGGGGCUGCAGCGGAUUCCGGUUCCCACCAAAUCUAUUAUUAGUAUCGCCCUUCGUCGCCUCUUUUCCUUUUUCCCUCCUUCCACUUGUCUUUCCUCCGACGGAGGAAAAUCCAAUUCGCAUUUCGCAAAACAAACAAUCAGACAAACUAAAAAUGAAUAUCGCCGCCAUGAAAACGGCUCUCAUGAGCUCCAAGCCCAAUUGCAUCUACACCAGGGCUUCCCUCUUUCAUGCCACUCCCUUCCUCGAACGCCGACGACGCCAUCAUUGGGAAUUCAGAAAUCACAAUUAUUCCAAAAGAUACCGAAGGUUUCGCGCAAAACAAGACUUCCUGCGCAAUGCCAGUGCUUAUGCAGAUUUCGUCUUCCAGAAUCCACGGAGGGAGUAUGAAGAUGACGAAGAUGAUCCUUCUUCAAGUAGAGGCCCCUCAUGGUUUAGAAAUCGUUUCUCAACCAAUGACUUUAGAAGGGCCAGGACUUGCAAUAGGGGACCGCGGGGCUGGGGCAGAAGGGGUUUCCGGUUUUGUGAUGAUGAUGAUAAUGAUACUAGUGCGGAGGCUUUUUUCAGAUCCAUAUUUGGUGGGAACCGAUUCUAUUAUUGGUCGUUUGUUGAUGGAGAGAAUCCCCAAUGGAGCAACUCAUCUACGUACUCUGGGAGGUCUUGGAAUUGGAGACAUAGGUUUGAAGAAGAGUGUGAAUAUGAGAGUGAAUGUUCACAGCCAGAUCUGGCCUCAGAUAGGCUGGCCCUUGGAUUAAGUGCUUAUGGUCCAUUAAAACUUGAAGAUGUAAAAAAUGCAUAUCGAACAUGUGCCCUAAACUGGCAUCCAGAUCGUCAUCAAGGCUCUUCCAAGGUUGUGGCGGAGGAGAAGUUCAAGCUUUGCAGUGCAGCAUAUCAAUCUUUAUGCGAUAAGCUGGGGGUAAAUUAAAGUACGCUAAUUAAACCUUAGAUGCUAUUUCAAGUUGCAGCUGGUUUAUUCCUCGUGCUGUUACUUGGUAGAUGUAACACAUCCAUACAUUUGUAGUUCAGUUUUGAGAAUCUUGAGGAGCAAUGCAGUGCGAGUCUGACUUUUCGAGGUGGGGCACUCUGUAUUAACAUUAACAAUAAGCCUGCUGUGGUUUGUAGCAUGCAGUUUUGCAUUGACUGGACGAGUGGAUGAAUUUAUCCCCGUUCUUCAUUUUGUUUUAUAUUGAGGAUGAGAAAAAUUCCAUUC